CACCUGUAAUCGGCUUCGGUCUCAUCUGCUCUCAUACUCACACCGUCGCGUCAUUCACCAUAUUUUUCCGAAGUCCUGCUCCGUGUUUCAACCUGCCUAUAGACGGGCUAGAAAACACCCCUUAGUGGAGGUUUUUGUAGCGUGAGAGACAUCCCUCGGAAAGUGUUACUUCUUAGAAGAAAAGACCAAUUGCGAGAAAAAGGACUUUCCAAGGCCGCGAAAGUAGUUGAUCGGGGAAGAAGACGCGUCGGUUCAGUUCUGAGGCGCCUCAGAAGAAGCUUCGGUUCUGGUAGAAAAGGAGAGUGUCCGUUUUACAGGAGAGGUUUUCCAUCGCACGGUUUCGAUUCGUUAUAAGCAUGGCGAGGACGAAGCAGCGCAUGCCCAAGCGGAGCAGGGCAACCGCGGCGGCUGCGGCUGCGGCGGCGCGAGGCACUCCGGGGAGAGCGGUCCCGCCGCAAGGGCUGAAGCGCAAGCAUCGCUACCGGCCGGGCACUGUGGCUUUAAUGGAGAUCAGGAGGUACCAGAAGACGACGGACCUCCUCAUUCGCCGACUGCCCUUCAUGCGACUCUGCAAGGAGAUCGCCGAAACCCUCACUGGCACGGACAUGCGGUGGACUGCCAACGCCGUGCUCGGGCUGCAAGAGGCGGCCGAGGCCUAUCUGGUGAACCUGUUUGAAGACGGCACUCUGCUGGCCAUUCACGCCAAGAGAGUCACCAUAAUGAUCCGAGACAUUCAGCUGGCUCGCAGGAUCAAGGGAGGGAAGAACCCUUUCUACACCGCCUAACCUCGUGACUCGGCUAUUUUGAGGCACCUCAAGAAGCGCUCGAGGGAGGAAAGAACGCCUUUCCUCCCCUCGUCUUCUUCUGACCUCGUUUCAACAUCUUUUGACUUUCCUUUGGGCAGUGAAACACCACUGGCACAGAAUACCAACCACAAUUCUUAGCACGCUCAACCCUCCCCUUCAUGUAUAUCCAAUCAUCCUUUCACAAGGAUCUACCCGUGUCCUGCUGUUAUUUUUCUUCCCCUUAGGUGGUCGAUACUCUGUGUGGUUUAUGUAAUGCAGCAAUGUCUAGUUCUACCAGUUUCCUUUCUGUAUAUUUGCUAAGAUUAUAUUGGUAACAG